UGCAUUUGACUACACGCUCUGCGUUUCCUCCUGCCCGCUGCUCCAAUAUUCAAAUCUUGCCAUUCUUUGCAAUACAGCAGUGGAGAGGGAGACUAAAAAACACGGUCAAAAAUAGUGUGCCACAUCACCAUGGACGCUGAAGAUGCCCAUUGAGUUUCCUUUUUCUCACAUCCUCCCUUUGUCAUGGAGCCUGACUCGAACGACAUCUGUGACCCCCAAAAACCUGGCCUGGAUGAUGAAGAGACCCCUGAUCUGGAGUGCGUCGUCUGUUUCUGCCAGUUCAACAAUGUCUUCAACACACCUAAGGUACUCCAAUGCAAGCACACCUUCUGCCUGGAGUGCCUCGCCCGGAUGAACGUGAAGUCCGCUCAACCCAACACCCUCCAGUGUCCUCUGUGCCGAGCGUACACCCCGUUACCCGACCUGGGUCUUCCCAAGCUCGCAAAUGACUCCACGGUGCUGUCCUACCUGCCGGCUACAAUGCAACAGGUCUACAGCAUCCGUUUUAACCGGAGUAAAGGCAAACUGCAGGUGAAGCGAGCGCCCAGCUCCCAGCCGGCUGUACCGCGGACCAUCAGUCAAACUCUGGAUGUCGGGAUCCCCAUCGGUGCACAGCAAGAUGGCAACAGAGAGAGAUCUCUGCUGAUUACAGUACUGCGGACACCCAUGUGCAAAGCUUGUAUCAUGAGCGUAGUGGCGAUUCUGGCAGUUACGGCUACUAUUGCCAUUCUCUUCCAAGUGAACAAAAAAUCUUGAUUUUAAAUAUAGCACUAUAGCCAUAACUUUCCAUUGUACAACAUUCGGAUGUCAACUACACUUGAACAAGAAACAAACAGGAUGAGCAGAUUUUCAAAUAUAUUCGUAUUUUUGUUUGUGUAUAUUUUGAAGUCUAUAUUAUAAAAUGGGUGCUUUCGACUGUACAUUUUGUGAUACUGUACUGUAAAAUCGCACAUUAUAUUAAUGUGAAAAGUCGCUUGGCAACAGAACUAUUAUUUGGCAGACCAAAUUCUUAAUAUUCAGAUUAUUCGUAAAACGAUUCAUUGCGAUUAAUCGCAUCCGAAAUAUAAGCUUGUGUUUACAUAAUAUAUUUUGUAUUCAUAAACACAU